AUGGUCGAUCUCGAUGUAGUAAUCUAUGAGAUCCCCGAAGCAUAUGUCCCCAUCAAUAAGGCUGAUCCUAUCAUUAUCCGUGGUAGUGGUGACAUAACAAUCAAUGAAUUUCCUCCAGAAUUGCACGGAAAGGUGGCCCCAGAAGAAUUCCAGGAAACCAUUCUAAAGGUCAACAACCAACUCAGGCGCUCCAUGUCUAUUAAUCUCAAGUGGCUCUUAUGCGGCUUUAUUUGCUGCUUCUGCACCCUUGGGUGUUCCAUGUGGCCAGCAAUUUGUGUAAAUCGCAAGGUAAAAAGAAACAUUGAGAAGACACUUGAGCUCGAGAAUGCUCGCCUCUACUGCCAGCUUGGACUCAACUGGAGUCUAGCUAAGCAGAGAUCCUCAGAACCGGUCGUUUUGAUGGAAUAUGUAAGCAAUGUAUUAGUUUUUUUUGAAUCACUUGACUCUUACUUUGUUACGUCCCUGUAUUACGGGAUUCUUUGUGAUGGGCGAUUAGUUUUUGUCAUUUUGGGUUUAAUCGAUUAG